AUGGACGCCGAAACACACGUUCCUGAGGUUCCUCCUUCUGUUGCGAUUCCGACUGUAAGACAGGGCACACCUAGUGUGAGACACAUCUGGCAACCGGGACGAGUCUCAUCGCAUUUCAAAUGUCGAGAUCGGCACGUGCCGCAGCCUGUGAGACAGCGAAUGCGUGGUAUCAUGAUGCAGCCAUUCGUCGUUGAGUGGCCUAAAUGA